GAAGUGUGUGUCAGGGAGAAAUCCGGUUCCCCCCUCCCCCCCCCUCCACCGGACAGGAGACUUAGUUUCCCCCUCUCUCCUGCCGUCAUUAGACACGCCGGAAAACCUGGACUGAAGAGCUCCAUCUGCCGUCAGUCCUUGCUUUAUGAGAGAGGCUUACCAAAGAGCAAGGAGAUCUUGCAGGAUUCCUGGAAGCUGCCUUGGAGUGCAGAGCGGAGAUGGAAAAGGAACACUCAGCUGGCCCUGCAGCAGGAAGGGACCCUCUUGCCAAGCAGACAGAGAGCAGUGAGCAACUCUGGCAAAGAACCGUACAGAAGAUUCUGGGUGAGGGCGCCACCAGCUCAGCUGCAAAGUGUCGCAGACUCAGACUCAGACAAUUCUGUUACCAGAAGACUGAGGGACCCCGAGAGGUUUGCAGCCGAAUCCACAGUCUUUGCUGUCAGUGGCUGAAGCCAGAAAAGCACACAAAGGCUCAGAUGCUGGACCUGCUGGUUCUGGAGCCAUUGCUGACCAUGCUUCCCCCAGAGAUGAAGAGCUGGGUCAGAGAAUGUGGAGUGGAAACCAGUUCCCAGACGGUGGCCCUGGCAGAAGGUUUCCUCUUGAGCCAGGCAGACGCCAAGAAGCAGGAAGAGCAGCAGGGCCAGAAGCCAUCCAAAGUAGAAAGCGAUUUCCCUGUGGCAGAAAUGGCUUAUCUGGACAAUGGAGAGAGGACUCCAUCCAGGUGGAUCGUGCAAGCAAGUGGAGGAGGGGCCACCUUGCUGGGUGAUGGUGUCACACUGGCUCUUCCAUCCAGGCCUUCUUCUUUUUCUGGGAGAGCUGAGACAGCCUCUGUGCAACUGGACCAGGGUCCAGUGACCUUUGAGGAAGUGGCUGUGUAUUUCACAGGAGAGGAAUGGGCUCUGCUGAAUCCAGACCAACGGGCUCUGCAUUCAGAAGUCAUGGAGGAGAUCUGUGGGCAUCUGGCCUCUCUGGGUGAUGGAAGUGAGAAUGAGAAAAAGGAUGAACUGCAGAGUACGAAAUGGCAAGCAAAAUAUCUCUGGGAGAAGAAAGCUGCUGCUUCUGAAUACACUGAUGUGCCUGAAAUUCCAGUUCAAACAAAGGAUUGCAAUGGAACCGGGAGGAAUAAAAACUCUCAUCGUGUGAAAUUCAUAAACCACAACUCAAGCCUUCACACAACUCAAAGAAUUCAGACAGAUAAGAAAACGUAUCAGUGCUCAGAAUGUGGAAAGAGCUUCUAUUGGAGAAGGGACCUUAUUAAUCAUCAAAUCAUCCACACAGGGGAGAAACUAUAUCAAUGCUUAGAAUGUGGAAAGAACUUCAGCUACAUCUCACACCUUUCUAGUCAUCAAAGAAUUCACACAGGGGAGAAGCCAUAUCCAUGUUCAAUGUGUGGAAAAAGUUUCCGUCAGAAAGGACAACUCACUUCCCAUCAAAGAAUCCACACAGGGGAGAAACCAUAUCCCUGUUCAAUGUGUGGAAAGACAUUUCGUCAGCAAGUACAACUUACAUCACAUCCAUGCAUCCACACAGGGGAGAAACGAUUUACAUGCUCAGAAUGUGGAAGGAGCUUCAGUCAGAAAGCUAACCUUACUUCCCAUCAAAGAAUCCACACAGGGGAGAAACCAUAUCCAUGUUCAAUGUGUGGGAAAAGUUUCCGUCAGAAAGGACAACUUACAUCCCAUCAAAGAAUCCAUACAGGGAAGAAACCAUAUCCGUGUUCAAUGUGUGGGAAAAGUUUCCGUCAGAAAGGACAACUUACUUCGCAUCAAAGAAUCCACACAGGGAAGAAACCAUAUCCAUGUUCAAUAUGUGGAAAGAAAUUCCAUGAACAAGUACAACUUUCUUCACAUCCAUGCAUCCACACAGGGGAGAAACGAUUUACAUGCUCAGAAUGUGGAAAGAACUUCAGUCAGAAGGCUAACCUUACUUCCCAUCAAAGAAUCCACACAGGGGAGAAACCAUAUCCAUGUUCAAUGUGUGGAAAAAGUUUCCGUCAGAAAGGACAACUUACUUCCCAUCAAAGAAUCCACACAGGGGAGAAACCAUAUCAGUGCUUAGAAUGUGGAAAGAACUUCAGUUAUGUCUCACAGCUUACUUAUCAUCGAAGCAUCCACAGAGCAGAGAAGCCAUAUCCAUGUUCAAUGUGUGGAAAGAGAUUCAGCUGCAAGACACAGCUUGUUUACCAUCAAAGAAUCCACACAGGAGAGAAACCAUAUCAGUGUUCAGUGUGCGGAAAGAGCUUCAGCCGCAACUCAAAACUUACUCUUCAUCAUAGAAUCCACACAGGCGAAAAACCAUAUCAGUGUUCAGUGUGUGGAAAGAGGUUCGGCUGCAACUCAAGACUUGUUCAUCAUCACAAAAUCCACACAGGGGAGAAACCAUAUCAGUGCUCAGAAUGUAGAAAGAGCUUCCCUUCUAGAUGUGAUCUUAUUAAUCAUCAAAGAAAACACACAGGGGAGAAACCAUAUCAGUGUACAGUGUGUGGAAAGAGCUUCUGCCGCAACUCAGAACUUACUCGUCAUCACAUAAUCCACACAGGAGAGAAACCAUAUCAGUGUUCAGAAUGUGGAAAGAGCUUCCGUUUGAGAUGGGACCUUAUUUAUCAUCAAAGAAUCCACACAGGGGAGAAACCAUAUCAAUGUUCAGUGUGUGGAAAGAGCUUCAGCCGCAGUUCACAGCUUACUUUUCAUCAAAGAAUCCACACAGGGGAGAAACGAUCACAACAACAUCUGUCGUUGACCCUCUCAGAGCUAGAGCGCCACGGCUUCAUCAUCAACCGCGAAAAAAGUCAGUUCUCCCCGUCCCUCCAACUUAUCCACCUGGGGGUCCUCAUCAACACAGAGCAAGAUCGCCUCUUCCCCCCACAAGAGAGGUUCACAACGCUGACAAGAAAGGGGCAGGGGUUCCCGGACCCCCCUCCCCAAGAUCAUUGUGUCACGGACGCCAGCGACAGGGGUUGGGGUGCCCUUUGCCACAAUCUGACAGCUCAGGGCAUCUGCUCAGUCUCGGAGCAAAACCACAGCAUCAACCGGAGGGAGCUUUGCGCCAUCCGGUUGGCACUUCACUCUUUUCACUCCACGAUCAGGAAGCGUCACGUUCUGGUGAGGACCGACAACACAACCGCCAAAGCGCAUGGAGCAGAGAUGGAAAAGGAACACUCAGCUGGCCCUGAAGCAGGAAGGGACCCUCUUGCCAGGCAGACUAAGAGCAGUGAAGAAUUCUGGGAGAGAACUGUGCAGACGAUGCUGGCUGAGGAGUGCACCAGCUCAGCUGCAAACUGUCAGAGACUCCGGCAGUUCUGCUACCAGAAGGGAAAGGGUCCCCGAGAGAUUUGCAGCCAACUCCAUGGCCUUUGCCAUCAGUGGCUGAAGCCAGAAAAGCACACAAAGAUGCAGAUCCUGGACCUGGUGAUCCUGGAGCAGUUCCUGACCAUCCUGCCCCCUGAGAUGGAGAGCUGGGUCAGAGAAUGCGGAGCGGAGACCAGUUCGCAGGCGGUGGCCCUGGCAGAAGGUUUCCUCCUGAGCCAAGCAGAGGCCAAGAAGGAGAAAGAGCAAAAGUGGCAGGAGCCAUCAAAGGUGGACCCCGAUUUCUCCGUGGAAGAGCUGGCUGCAUCAGACCGUAGAGGAGGUUUGCUGAAUAGGAGGAUCGUUCAAGAGAGUGAAGGAAGUGCCACCUCGCUGGGUUGUAAAAUCUCAGCCAUUCUUCCACUCGCAUCCAAGCCUUCUACUCUUUCUGGCGGAGCAGAGAUGGUCUCUGUUCAACUGGACCAGGGUCCGGUGGAUGUUGUUGUGAAUUUCACAGAGGAGGAGUGGGCUCUACUGGAUGCAGGCCAAAGAGCUCUGCACAAAGAAAUCACGGAGGAGAUCUGUGGGCAUCUGGCCUCUCUGGGUGAUGGAAGUGAGAGUGAGAAAAAGGAUGAACUGCAGAGCAGGCAAAGGGAAGUGAAAUAUAUUUGGGAGAAGAAAGCUGCUGCUUCUGAAUGCACUGAUGUCCCUGAAAUUUCUUUCCAAACAAAAGAUUCCAAUGGAAAUGGAAGGAAUGAAAACCCUCAAUGUGUGAAACUCAUAAGCCAUAACUCAAGCCAUCACACACAUCAACUAAUUCAUACAGAUGCUAAAAAAUAUGAAUGCUCAGAAUGCGGAAAGAAAUUCAGGCAUAGGCGGUAUCGUACUUGCCAUCAAAGGAUCCACACAGGGGAGAAACCCUAUCAAUGCUCAGAAUGUGGAAAAAACUUCCGUUUGAGAAGGCACCUUAUUAAUCAUCAAAGAAUCCACACAGGGGAGAAACCAUAUCAGUGCUUGGUGUGUGGAAAGAAUUUCAGCGACAAGAGGAACCUUAUUUCCCAUCAGAUAAUCCACACAGGGGAUAAACCAUAUCAAUGCUUAGAAUGUGGAAAGAAUUUCAGCUACAUCUCACAGCUUACUUGUCAUCAAAGAAUCCACACAGGAGAGAAACCAUAUCAGUGUUCAAUGUGUACAAAGAGUUUCCGUCAGCGAGGACAACUUACUUCCCAUCAAAGAAUCCAUACAGGGGAGAAACCAUAUCAGUGUUCAAUGUGUGGAAAGAGUUUCCGUCAGCAAGGACAACUUACUUCCCAUCAAUGCAUCCACACAGGGGAGAAACGAUUUAGAUGCUCAGAAUGUGGAAAGAACUUUAGCUACAUUUCACAGCUUACUUGCCAUCAAAGAAUCCACACAGGAGAGAAGCCAUAUCAAUGUUCCACGUGUGGGAAGAGUUUCCGUCAGCAAGGACAACUUACUUCCCAUCAAAGGAUCCACACACGGGAAAAACGAUAUCAGUGCUCAGAAUGUGGAAAUAACUUCAGUUACAUCUCACAGCUUACUUGCCAUGAAAAAAUCCACACAGGAGAGAAACCAUUUGAACGUUCAGUGUGUGGAAACCGUCUCCGUCAUCAAGAACAAAUUAAUGAUCAAUGCAUCCACGUGGGGGAGAAACGAUUUACAUGCUCAGAAUGUGGAAAGACCUUCAGCUACAACUCACAGCUUAUUUAUCAUCAAAGAAUCCACACAGGGGAGAAACCAUAUCAGUGCUUGGUGUGUGGAAAGAGCUUCAGUCAGAAGGCUAAUCUUACCUCCCAUCAAAGCAUUCACACAGGAGAGAAACCAUAUCAAUGUUCAGUGUGUGGAAAGAGCUUCAGCUGCAACUCACAGCUUACUUCUCAUCAAAGAAACCACACAGGGGAGAAACCAUACGAAUGUUCAGUGUGUGGAAAGAGUUUCGGCUGCAACUCAAAACUUACUCGUCAUCACAGAAUCCACACAGGAGAGAAACCAUAUCAGUGUUCAGUGUGUAGAAAGAGCUUCAGUUGCAACUCACAGCUUACUUCCCAUCAAAGAAUCCACACAGGUGAGAAACCAUAUCAAUGUUCAGUGUGUGGAAAGAGCUUCAGCCGCAACUCAAAACUUACUCGUCAUCACAGAAUUCACACAGGAGAGAAACCAUAUCAAUGUUCUGUGUGUGGAAAGAGCUUUUGCCGUAAGUCACAGCUUACUUACCAUCAAAGAACCCACACAGGAGAGAAACCAUAUAAGUGCUCAGUAUGUGGAAAGAGCUUCACUCAUAAUUCUAACCUUAUUUCCCAUCAAAGAAUGCACACAGGGGAGAGACCAUAUCAAUGCUCAGAAUGUGGAAAAAGUUUCCGUUUGAGAAGGGACCUUAUUAAUCAUCAAAGAAUCCACACAGGGGAGAAACCUUAUCAUUGCUCAGUGUGUGGAAAGAGUUUCCGUCAAAAGGCUAACCUUACUUCUCAUCGAAGAAUGCACACAGGGGAGAAACCAUAUCAGUACUCAUAAUCUGGAAAGGACUUCAGCUAGAUCUCACAACUUGCUUGUCCUUCAAAGAAUCUACACAAGCAAAAAUCCAUAUCAGUGCUUGAUAUGUCGAAAAAGCUUCAGUUAGAAAGAUAGCCUUUCUUGCCAUCAAAGCAUCCACGCAGGAUAGAAACCAUAUCAAAGUUUAGGGUGUUUUAAGAUCUUCAGCUUACAGCCUGCUUGCUGUGAAAUAUCAUGUCAAUGCUCAUUCUGUGAAAAACCUUCAACUGGAUCACAAACCUAAAGAUCAAAAAAUCCACACACAGAAGAGACCAUAUCAGUAGUAGGUAGUAUGUUGUACCUAUACUUGGAGAGCCAGUUUCAAAGUUCUCUAAGCCAGGAAAUUUGGUGGAUGUGUGAGUUGAACAUAGAAGUUAGUCAUCGAAAAAGCAUGCUUUAAGAUAAGAGUGAUUUUUAAAGGUCUUUUGUGCUAUCAAAAUCAUUAAGAUUACUGUAUAAACUGUAAAGACCGUGUGCAGUCUUGUAUAUUAUACUGACUUUAGAGAUGAGGCAUACUUUGCCUGGAUGAUUUAGCUUGAGAUUGGGCUGAAGAGGAAUGUGCCCAGGCAGAAAUCUAAUAGGUUCAGUUUCCCUAAUAACUUGCUAGAGAUACCCCAGUGAAUUUCUUCCUGAUGCUUUUCUAGAUGGUACAGUGCUUCUCCAAAGUGCCACCUGUAUAGUAGAUGUCCAGCCAGAAAUGCAACACUACCUUGGUCCAGCCACAGUCACUUUAGACAGAUAUACCUGAUGGAUUUUGUCUGAUGCAUUUUUUGAGGGAGGAAAGUGUUGGGAAUCUUUCUGACUUAGUUGGCUGUGUUUAGCUACAUUUCUCUGAACGCCAGUUGAGAACAAGACAAUAAGGAUCUUUGCAUAGUUGCCUCAGAACAUGCUGAUAUGUUUCCUCCCCUCAAGGGCCAGAAUCUUUUUUUUUAAAGUGGUGAUGAAAAUGUUUGUGAAUGACUCAUGCUCCUUUAUUUGUCUGAGCUCUGAAUGUACUAGCUGCUGCCCAGAGUUCUCUCCUGUCCUUUCAUUAUUUGUCAGAGAUGCCACCUCAGUUUGCUUUGCUUCUGACCGCGAAGUAUAUCUCAUUAUUGUAUCAAAUGUCAAUGAGUUCCACAGACCAGUCGGGAAAAUAAACAAUAAUGGCUAUCCAA